UGAGAUUUGCUAGUAUUAUAACAACCCUAGUGUUAUCGAUUUGCCUAGUUGUUCGGUUGAUCCUCAACCACUUUUCACGAUCCAUCCAUGAAGAGAUCGGCGAACGCCAAUCCAGUCAUCAUCUCAGUCUAUGUCGAAUCACCAUCACCGUCUCCCUCCCAGAAACCUAAUCAUCCCACCACAAAAAUCAAGCCAGACUCAUUCUCCAAAAACCCUCGAAUCCCGAGAACAGAUGGUUACGAUCGCCGCGCUCAGCUCCUUGCCUAUGCAAGAGCAAUGAGAACCAGCGGCGGCUCUCCGCCGGCAGCACAGCGGACCGAGCGCAAGAAGAGCAGAUGGUCAGCCCAAGCCGGGCCAAAGAGGAUCCGAAUAUGUCUCGAUCAGAUUCUUCGGCGACGGAACAAGAGUCGGAGAUACGAGCGCCUUGGGUCCGACGAGGAAGAAGAAGUAGAAGAAAGAUCGGCAACUCCCGAGCGUGCCUAUCAGAGAAGUAAAACGCCCUUUUACAGGAAAUUCAGUCGUAUGCUCCGAAAGUUAUCAUGCGGAUGGAAGUGCGCAAAAGGAUCAUCAUGACGAGAUCUGCACACGAGUUGUGGGGAGGAAUUUAAUCUGAUUGUCACGCUAUAUUCUAUUGUUGAAGUAGCCCUGGGACUCGUAAUCUGAACGAGAUCUACAUGUCGAUAGAUUCAUAAACACGCCAAGAGACAACGGACGCGUUGUAUAUAAUCAAAAUGCGUAGUACUUUUC